UAAAAGGUCCAAAAUUACAAUUGAUUAAUAGUGUUCAGUCAGCCGUCGCCGACUCGCCGCCUUUAUUAUUUUAUUCGAGCCCUUCCCAACUCCCUCUUCGGACUUUUAACGAACACCUCGUCUGCUCUGCGCAUAUUUCUCAACCUCUAUUUGUACCAAUGCUGAGGGCUUUUCCUGCCCUUUCCCGCCUGCCCAUUCCCUCUUUCCCCAUAAGUAAUAAGACCACAAGUGCUUUUAGCAGAAUGAGCUCAACCCCAUCACCAAAAUGCCCAAAAUUUAUUCCUGUGGAAGAGAGUAAGAUCUGCUCAAUAAGCAAAGUUGAUGGUAUCAGGUUUAGUCUUGUGUCAUAUAACAUUUUGGCUCAGGUGUACGUAAAGAGCUCUUUGUUUCCACACUCUCCAUCCUCCUGUCUCAGGUGGAAAGCUCGCUCGCAGGCCAUUUUGAGUGUUGUAAAGAACCUUGGAGCUGACUUUUUCUGUCUACAGGAAGUUGAUGAGUAUGACAGCUUUUACAAAGGAAAUAUGGAGAGCAAUGGAUAUUCUAGUACGUAUAUUCAGAGAAGUGGGCAAAAGCGUGAUGGAUGUGGAAUUUUUUAUAAACACGAAAUGGCAGAUUUGGUGUUGGAGGAGAAAAUAGAAUACAAUGAUCUUGUAAACUCAAUUAAAGAUGGAAAUAUACCCGGUGAUGAUAAAACAAAUGAUAAGAAAGCCACAGGAAAUGAAGAUGCCGGAUCCAAAAAUGGUUCAAUAGUAGAGACCACUCAGGAUCGUGGAGAUCCUAAUGAUCCUCGUGUCAGACUAAAACGUGAUUGUGUUGGAAUUAUGGCAGCAUUCAAGUUAAAACAUCCUUGUAAUCAUUUUGUUAUUGUGGCAAACACACAUCUUUACUGGGAUCCUAGCUGGGCAGACGUUAAGCUUGCACAAGCUAAAUAUCUUCUAUCACGUUUGGCUCAAUUUAAAACAUUAGUAUCCGACAGAUUUGAGUGCACUCCUUCAUUGAUUGUGGCUGGUGACUUCAAUUCAGUUCCCGGGGAUAAGGUUUACCAGUACCUUAUUUCAGGCAACUCUUCAUCUGCACCAACAAUGGAUAUUCUAGAAGAUCUGCCUAUUCCCUUGUGCAGCACCUAUGCUUAUACACGAGGUGAACCGCCAUUUACAAAUUGCACCCCUGGAUUCACUGGUACACUUGAUUAUAUAUUCUUUUCCCCUUCUGACCACAUAAAACCAGUCAGUUUUCUUGAGCUUCCGGGACCGGAUUCCUCUGAUGUGGAUGGUGGAUUACCAAACCUCUUUCACCCAAGUGAUCAUUUACCAAUUGGUGUGGAAUUUGAGAUAUCCAGAGAAUAGAUUUCUUUUCUGACCAAAAAAAAAACAAUAAAUUACUUGAUACGGAAAGUAACGUUUGGGUCCUUUAAAGUUUUGUUUUGCAUUUUUAGGUUUAUGCUUCUUAUUUUCUAAACCUCGUGUUGUAUAAUUAACACUGAACUGCACAUUUCAUCGCCUAAGAGGGAAAGAGAAACGAUUGGAGA